CAGAGAAUACGGUCGGGCGCGCCAUCUUUUCUCCCGGCUUCUCUCCCUAGGAGCACACGUUGUUGAAAAUAAGAGAGAGAUAAGCCGCAAUAACACUAAGUUAUUUCACAUUAUUGUACCUGGAAGACGGAGACAGAAGGGAGGCUAUUGGGGAUUAGUGCGGCCUUUCCUCCGUUAAGGGGACUGUUCUGUCAAGGUUUUGAGAGAAGGCAGCUAAAAUGUCAGAGAAACCGACCAGAAUCGCGAUUGUGAACCAUGACAAGUGCAAACCCAAGAAAUGCCGACAGGAGUGCAAGAAGAGCUGUCCGGUGGUGCGCAUGGGCAAGCUUUGCAUAGAGGUGACAUCACAGAGCAAAAUAGCCUGGAUCUCUGAAUCUCUCUGCAUCGGCUGUGGCAUCUGCAUUAAGAAAUGUCCGUUUGGGGCCAUAUCAAUCGUCAAUCUGCCCAGCAACAUGGAGAAGGAGACGACUCACAGAUACUGCGCCAAUUCCUUUAAGCUGCAUCGACUGCCUAUCCCCCGGCCCGGAGAGGUCCUCGGAUUGGUCGGGACCAACGGCAUCGGGAAGUCCACCGCUCUGAAGAUCCUGGCCGGAAAACAGAAACCCAACCUGGGGAAGUUUGAUGCACCUCCGGACUGGCAGGAGAUACUCACCUACUUCCGAGGUUCUGAGCUGCAGAAUUACUUCACCAAGAUCCUGGAGGAUGACCUGAAGGCCAUAGUCAAGCCCCAGUAUGUGGACCAGAUCCCCAAAACUGUCAAGGGGACAGUGGGAUCCAUCCUCAGCAGGAAAGACGACACCAAAACGGAAGACAUUGUCUGUGACCAGCUUGAUCUGACUCACCUGCGGGACAGGAACGUGGAGGACCUGUCGGGAGGAGAGCUGCAGCGUUUCGCCUGCGCCGUGGUGUGCAUCCAAAGAGCAGAUAUCUUCAUGUUCGACGAGCCGUCCAGUUACUUGGAUGUGAAGCAGCGUUUGAAGGCCGCCAUCACCAUCCGCUCCCUCAUCACCCCCGACAGGUACAUCAUUGUGGUGGAGCACGACCUGAGCGUGCUGGACUACCUGUCUGACUUCAUCUGCUGUCUGUACGGAGUUCCCAGUGCUUACGGAGUGGUGACCAUGCCUUUCAGCGUUCGGGAAGGUAUUAACAUCUUUCUGGACGGCUACGUGCCGACGGAGAACCUGCGCUUCAGGGAGACCUCGCUGGUCUUCAAGGUGGCCGAGACGGCCAACGAGGAGGAGAUCAAGAAGAUGUGCCGCUACCAGUACCCGCACAUGAAGAAGGCCAUGGGCGACUUCCACCUGGAGAUCGUGGAGGGGGAGUUCACCGACUCCGAGAUCAUGGUCAUGCUGGGAGAGAACGGCACCGGCAAAACUACAUUCAUCAGGAUGCUGGCUGGCCGCCUUAAACCAGAUGAAGGAGGGGAAGUGCCAGUCCUGAACGUCAGCUACAAGCCACAGAAGAUCAGCCCCAAAUUUAAAGGAAGCGUGCGAGCACUGCUUCACGAGAAGAUCCGUGACUCCUACACCCACCCGCAGUUCAUCACCGACGUCAUGAAGCCCAUGCAGAUCGAGAGCAUCAUCGACCAGGACGUGCAGAACCUGUCUGGAGGAGAGCUGCAGCGGGUGGCCUUGGCGUUGUGUCUGGGCAAGCCUGCCGAUGUGUACCUGAUCGACGAGCCGUCGGCCUACCUGGACUCAGAGCAGCGUCUCAUGGCCGCCCGGGUCGUCAAACGAUUCAUCCUUCACGCCAAGAAGACGGCCUUUGUGGUGGAGCACGACUUCAUCAUGGCGACCUACCUGGCCGACCGUGUCAUCGUGUUCGACGGCAUUCCGUCAAGGAGCACCGCUGCCAACACGCCACAGACGCUGCUAGCCGGAAUGAACAAGUUCUUGGCCCAGCUGGAGAUCACCUUCAGACGAGACCCGAACAACUUCCGACCCAGAAUCAACAAGAUGAACUCCAUCAAGGACGUGGAGCAGAAGAAGAGUGGCAACUAUUUCUUCCUGGAUGACUAAAUUCAUUCCUUAUAUGUAAAGGUUUCCAUCAUGCUACCCAAUAUUAAAUGCUACACAUUUGUUGGAAAAGCAGAACGUGUCCAAUUCCACUGACCCUAAAGAGAGCACCACCGAUGCUGCAGAGAGGACAGCAGCAGCGUUAUGACCAUACGGACCAUAUGACCGUACGGACCCAGAGCGACAAGCGUAAUCAACCAUUUAUUUUAAAAAUAAAUCCUAUUAAUUAAAGAGCCCGUUUCUCUAA